GCUCCACGCUCUGGGGAAACAUCUCAGACCAGUACGGCAGGAAAACAGGUGACACUGUACGCUGAGUUCCUUCCCAUGAAGGCCAGAGCUAAGUGUAUUUUGCUGAUUGAGGUCUUCUGGGCCAUCGGGACAGUGUUCGAGGUCAUCCUGGCUGUGUUUGUGAUGCCCAGCCUGGGCUGGCGCUGGCUACUCAUCCUCUCGGCUGUCCCUUUGCUCCUCUUUGCGGUCCUAUGUUUUUGGCUGCCGGAGAGCGCAAGGUACGAUGUGCUGUCCGGGAAUCAGGAAAAGGCCAUUGCCACAUUAAAGAGGAUAGCAACCGAAAACGGAGCCCCCAUGCCGCUGGGGAAACUCAUCAUCUCCAGACAGGAAGACCGAGGCAGAAUGAGGGACCUUUUCACGCCCCAUUUUAGAUGGACAACCUUGUUGCUGUGGUUUAUAUGGUUUUCCAAUGCGUUUUCUUACUAUGGAUUAGUUCUGCUCACCACUGAGCUCUUUCAGGCAGGAGAUGUCUGCAGCAUCUCCAGCCAGAAGAAGGCAGUAGAAGCAAAAUGCAGCCUGGCCUGUGAGUACCUGAGUGAGGAGGAUUACAUGGACCUGCUGUGGACUACGCUCUCUGAGUUCCCAGGUGUCCUUGUGACUCUAUGGAUUAUUGAUCGCCUAGGCCGCAAGAAGACCAUGGCCCUGUGCUUCAUCAUCUUCUCCCUCUGCAGCCUCCUGCUGUUCAUUUGUGUUGGAAGAAACAUGCUCACUCUGUUACUCUUCAUUGCAAGAGCAUUUAUUUCUGGAGGCUUCCAGGCAGCCUAUGUUUACACACCUGAGGUCUACCCCACAGCAACUCGAGCCCUGGGCCUGGGCACCUGCAGCGGCAUGGCAAGAGUGGGUGCUCUCAUUACCCCGUUCAUUGCUCAGGUCAUGCUGGAAUCUUCCGUGUACCUGACGCUGGCCGUGUACAGCGGCUGCUGCCUCCUGGCUGCCCUGGCCUCCUGCUUCUUGCCCAUCGAGACCAAAGGCCGCGGACUACAGGAGUCCAGCCACCGGGAGUGGGGCCAGGAGAUGGUCGGCCGAGGGACGCAUGGCGCAGGCGUCACCAGGUCGAACUCUGGCUCUCAGGAGUAGGGACCGAUGCGGGGCUGAGCUGGCCUUUGAGGCUGUCGAACGCGGGGAGCUAGUGGAGCCCGGCUGGGGCACCGACCGUCACUGCCGACGUCAAGAACUCACCCAGAAGGACAACCUGGACCAACAGGGUUUUGUGUCUUGACUCCGUUUGCUCAUAUUCAUCGAGAUCCACCUGGGGGUGGGGAGGCAUUUGCUCGGGGGGUCCUCUGGAUGUGUGGGGGAGGCUUGUUAAUAACCUGUGGACCUGCAUGGGAAAACUGCCACAUUGGGAGUGGCCAGUGUCACUGGUAGCCAACCAGACGCCACCCAGAGUCAGCCAGUCGCCACCCAGAGUCAGCCAGUCACACCCUUGGUGAACAACCACCUACACAUCUCUGUAGAUACAGUCCAGGCCCAUAGCCCGGUGUAGACCGGCUACCCAGGGACUCAACACCUGCCGUCCACCAACAGGACCUGUUUCAGAGAUUUCUCCUCCACCCCUGGCCCCAGGUUUUCUUCUUUGAAAUUGCAGGUGACCCGGCUGUGGCCUGAACAGCUUGUUCCUGGGUCUGAGAGAUGCUCUCUCAGAAGGGGCCCCUUGGUCUGCCUCCCCAGGGCCGGACUAGUAGAGACUCUGGCAGAUGGACAUGCAUUUGAACUUGAGCCAUGUGUCCCCUCCUGGUCCCCUCUGGAGUCGCUCUCUCUGGCUCCAGCGGAUUCACGUGUCCGUGGGGACAGUUGGACUUCUACCAGAUGACCACCUCAGAAAGCUGUCGUCCUCCCUCUCCCCCAGGAAUUGGGGACAGAGGCCAGAGGAGGUGAGGAUAAAGCCCAAAGCCAAAGUAGGGGGGCUUCCCCUUCAGAAGCAAUGAAGGCUGCACCAGGGGCUUCUUUUCUGACCCCCUUGUCGGUCAGGUUGGUUGGUGACUCUUAAAGAAAGAAAAACAGUUAACUCAGGUUUCAGUGCUCUGGGUGUUGAGGGUGGGUAACUGUCUACGUGGGCAGAGAAACUGAAAAGAUGCUGCACCAACCACCCACUCCCAUCAGGGUCAGGGAACCAGGAAUCCUUCCCCCCUUGGUUUCUUGCUUACCCCUGCUGUCAAGGGCUGGCUUGGUGUUUACAUAGAGGCAGCUCCUGGGGUUCCAGCAAUAGUUCUCUGCCACUGUUGGGGAGGAACGGGAGGGCCCAGAUGUGUGACGUGUGUACAUUUGCAAAGGGAGAGAGGGCAGUCUGUUAGGUUUGGGGUUGGCCUCGAUUGGAAGGGCUGAUGCCAUUGUCUCAGCCGACAACAUCCACCUCCAGGACUUGGUUUCCAUGAGCCCUUUCCCCAUCAUGAAGGCAGGGAACCUAGCGGAGGAGAGGGGAGGCUGCUGGAUCCCAUCAAAGGCCAGAGAAGACUGACCUUCUGCGUGGAGAUGCCUGCUUGAAGUAAACAUUUUGAGGAAGCCAAAUGUGUACGUUCAUCUCUUAUUAAAACAUGUUGGUGGUGGACAUUGUAA